UGAUGAUGAUCACACUCUACAAGCCCCAAAAUUUUCUGUCCUAUGAAAAUCUAGGGUUUCCCAAAUUUCGCUGAACCUAGAUCUCUAUUUACAAUAUCUUAGUUUUCUCUGAAUUUAACUUUUGAGAGUUUAGAUUUUCUUCGAUUCUCCUUACUUUCUGCUUGAUUCUAGAGAAUUCUUCUCGUUUUACUUGACGAAAGGUUUUAGUAUUUAUGGGUUUAAGUGGAAAAUAUCCUUAUUUUUUUCUAUAUUCUUGAGAUUUUUGGAGUUUCACGGAUUUUGCUAUCUUUGAUUCUGUUCAAUUUUCCUUAAUUAUUGUUUAGUUUCUGAUACAAUUUGGAGUUUGAGGGGUUGAAAAGUCGAGGGAAAUUAAAUUUCUAUUUGGUAACAAGAAAAUUUUGUGUGUUUGAUUUUCAAUUUGUCGAAAAUAUAAGUUUGAUUGAAUAUUAGUGAGCUAAUAGUGGAGUAAUGGCGACUACUGCAAAUGUAGCGGCAGAAGAAGCGGAGGCCGUGGAGGAGUACGAGAGCGAUCCAGAAGAAGUAAAACGUUCUCUUGUGAUGCGAAGAAGAGAAGCUAGCGAUGAUGAAGAGGAGGAAUUAGAGGAGAGCGAAAGAGGGAAGGGAAACACUCGUGGAAUGGAUCGUAGGGCCCACAUUCAUUCUGAUGAUGAAUCUGAUGGCCAAGGUGGGGUGCCUGUUGAUUAUGAUGACGAAGAAGAUCAGGAUGAGGAAUUAGAAGAGGAGGAUGAUGAGGAUGGAGUUUAUGAUGAGGAAGAAGAAGAUGAGGAUAUUUCAGAGGAAGAAGGGAAAGCAGGAGAGGGAACUGCUGGGUUAGUUAAUAUCAAGACAAUGGAGAGUGGUGAUGGCAGGAGUGUGGAAGGGCUGGUGGACCUGAGUGUAGGGGAUAAUGAUAAUGAAAAGAAUGAUGGACAGGAGCGCAUAGAGGAAGGGAAAAAAGAUAGCAAUGAGCCAUUUGCGGUUCCAACUGCUGGUGCCUUCUACAUGCAUGAUGAUCGAUUUAGGGAACAUGUUGGUGGCCGACACAGGAGAACACACGGUGGGAGGAAGUUGUGGGAGUCCAGAGAUGAUAGCAAAUGGGGGCAUGACAAGUUUGAGGAGAUGACUUCACAGGAAAGGCACUAUGAUGUGGGGAGGAGGUCUUCUAGAGGCCACUACCGUGCUCGUGGUAAAAUUCGUGGUCUAGAUCAUGGGCAUCCUAGGGGAAACAGGUCUAAAACAUUUAAUAACAACAACAUUAACAAUCAUAACCAAGCACCUAAGGGUGUCAGAGGAAGGGGGCCCAGGAGGUAUGAACCAGCUUGGAAGAACAACACUCAGGCACCUAUGCAACAACACAAACAAUCUGGGAAGCCUGUUGAGAAAAGUACAUAUACCAAUUCAGGUAGAGCUUUCACGCCCACAUCAAAUGCAGAAUCUGAUCAUGUUCCUCCAAGGAAACAAUUGUUUGCAUCCAGCUUGAGUUCUGCUUCUCCACCAUUUUAUCCUUCAGGCUCUUCAAAUAAAGAUAUCAGUUUGACACACAAAAGGGAUGUACAAUCUGGAAACACAAGCAGGAAUCUUCGUGCUUCUGGUAUGAAUGAGAGUUUCUCUGUGCAACCACAUGCAAUGCAGCGAGGGAAAAAUGUAGCCGAUGUCAGCAUGGACAAGCUUUAUAUUGAUGAUUCAAGUGCUUUGGCUGCUGGGAAAUCUCUGAACAAUCUGCAAAUGCUGCCUUCUGCUCAGUCUAGAUCUCAGGGACGUGGUGUAGCUAUUCCACAGCAAAUUUCUUAUCAACCAGCCCCACCUCUGAACCAAACCAACAGAGUUUCACCUUCAACACAGCUCAAUGCUAUUCAGCGAAGUUCAAGUCAAAACUGUGUUCAGCCCUCUGUGCAAUCACCUUCUCAGCAGUUAGGACAGCGUUCUGUUAGUGGUUCUCAAGCUUCCUCUCCACCACAAUCAGCUUCAGUUGUAAAUUCAAAUGAUCCUAGUGAAGUGGAAUCUCCUUUAGAAUCAAGUAAAUCAAAAGGUACAUUGGUUGGAAAGGGAAAAGGCAGUCAAGGAAGGGGUUCAUAUAUGUAUGGUGGAGCUCAAGUUAUGGGAGCCGCUGGGAAUAUGACUGUUGCUCAUGGUGAUCAAAAUUUCCCCACCUUCUUGCCUGUUAUGCAAUUUGGGGGCCAGCAUCAUGGUGGUAUUGGAGUUCCUGCUGUUGGCAUGGCAUUUCCUGGUUAUGUUGCUCAGCCACAGCUUGGUCUUGCUAAUUCUGAAAUGACAUGGCUUCCAGUUCUGGCAGGUGCUGCGGGAGCUUUGGGUGCUACAUAUUGUCCACCUUAUAUUGCUGUUGAUGGUGCUUAUCAUCCUAGUCCGUUAGGUCAAACAUCUUCGACCGGUUCCUCAAGCAAAGAAAUUAGCACUAACAAACCCAAUAAUGAAUGGAAGCCUUCCCUGAAAACAGAGCCUGUAACUGAUGAAUUUGGACAACAGAACAAACCUCAGCCUCGCAGAUACUCAGCUAUGAAUUUGGCAAAUGAUGUGCUUAGAUAGGAUAGAACCUUUUGAAUAAGCAGAUGAAGGCCUUCUUCCAGGCCCUUUGUGAUCUCCAGCUUUUGUUCUGGAGCAUUUUGGGCCGCUGUUUGUCCCAGUAUAAUUUAGUUAUAUAAAACAAACGCCUGCUCAUGCUGCAGUUAAUUUAAUAACAUUAUUGUGGCCUGACAGGUGGCAAAUCCUUGUUAAAAUUUGCGGUGUUUUUCCUUUUGUGGCUUGUUUCAAUGUGAAGCUUGGAAGAAAUGUUGGAUAGGCUUCUCCGAAAACAUCGAAUGAAAAUAGAGCCAAGAAUUAUCGUGCAGCAGAUCAUUUUCUUGGUGAAGCAGAAUUUUUUUUUUUUUUUAAUAUAUGAUGGAUGAUGCUUGAGCUUUUUAACGAUCUUUAGUGGCCUUUGCGUAACAUUGGUUUAUUUGUUGGUCGAAUGGAUAUCUCUCUCAGUAUUUGUGUACUGUGGGCUGGGGUUUUUUAUUUUAUUUUAAAUGCUAAUUCGUAGUGUGCUAAAGUUAACAGACUCGACUAGACUAUGUAAUGGUUGGUUAUGAUAAUUUUUCAUCAAUUUAUUGUGAUUAAAUAA